AUGCAGCACACCACCUGCACAGAGGACAGGAUCUACCACGCUCUGGAAAGAUGCCUGCAUGGGCUUAGCAGAGAUGCUGUCUCCAGCAGAUGGGCUGCUGGGCUGUGCCUGAACUGCUGGAGCCUGCAGGAGCUGGUGAGCCGAGAUGCCAGCAACUACCUCAUCCUUGUGGAGAAGAUCCUCAGCAAAGCCAAAGAGGUUCAGGAGAAGUGUGACUACGCUCUGGUAACGCCCCUGGCUCUGCUCUUCUACUCUGCUGUCCUGUGUGCUCCCCACUUCCCACCAGACUCUGACCUGCUCCUGAAAGCUGCCAGUGUCUACCACAGCUUCCUGACCUGGCCUGUGCCCUACUGCGACAUCUUCCGUGAGCUGCUCACCUUCAUCAGCAACGAGCUGAAGGCUCCUGGAAUCUCUUUCCAGAGGCUGGUGAGGACUGAGCAAGGGCUUCCUGUGAAGAACUACCAGAGCUCCACUGUGACUGUGCUGCUGCUGAACCGCUCCGAGGUGCAGAGCGAGUUCCUCUCCAUCGCCGAGAGGCUGAGCUCCAGCGAGCAGCCCCAGCACACCACCCUGGUCAUGCUCCUGGAGCACCUCUACCAGGCCACCUUUGGCACCCAGUGUGACCUGGACAGCCUGCACCACCUCCUGAAGUCCAAGACACUGGAGGAGCUCUCAGAGAUCUAUGCCAGCGCUGCUGAUGCACAGGAGGUGGCAGCCAGCACCAGUGACCCCAUCCUGGCCCGGCAGCAGCUGCAGUCUGUGCUGAGGGACAUCGCCAGCGCCGCCUCCUUUCCUGCCAUCACAGGUGAGGCUCAGCCAUGCAAGCUCCACACCAUCCCCAUCCCCACUGCUCGCUGCUACACUUACAGCUGGGAUCAGGAUAACUUUGACAUCCUCAAUGAUGUCCUCAGCAAAGAGUGCAGCGUCGUGGAGCCCAUGGUCUCAGAGAACGAGGAGGAGGAGGAGGAGGAAGAGGAGGAGGAAGUGGAAAGCAAUGGCUGUUCCCCUGAGCGAGACUCGCUGCUUUCCCCCAUCUGUGCCAUCUCCAAAGACUCCGUGUACUCGGCGCUGUCGGAGGAGGGCUCUAAGCCCUCACGAAUGUCCCUGUUCACCACCUCCAAGGACUCUCUCUCAGAGCUGACAGUGGCCUCCAGGAAGUCGCUGAAGUCGUUCGUCUCCAGCCUGAAGGACUGCAUGGACAGCGGCUACGCCGAGGACAGCGACGAGAGCUCCUGGGACAGCUGGGGGCGGCCGGAGCUGAGGGUGGAGAAGACCCCCGCCAGGCACAAGCAGAGGCUGACCACCAGGCUCUACAAACUGUUGAAGAGCAAGAGCCAGCUGGUGCUGAGGAGGGAGCUGAGCGGCUGCCCGGCCGCGGGCUCGCUGCCGCUGCGCCGCGCCGGGAGCCUGUGCGCGCCGCCGGCCAAGCCGCGCGUCCCGGCGCGCUCCCGCCGCGCGCACUCGCUGCCGCAGCACACGCUGAGCCCGCGCCCGCCGGCCCCGGGGCUCGCUCCCAGCCACCUCGGCCUCCGCCGCCGACCCUUCCUCAGCUACGACGAGGACGCCAAGGUGGCCACCCUGCGGGUCGUGGUCUUCGGCUCCGACCGCAUCUCGGGGAAGGUCGCCCGAGCCUACAGCGACCUCCGGCUCAAGGAGAGCACCUGCCCCUCACUGACAAGGUACUUCAAGCUGCAGUUUUUCUACAUGCCUGUGAAGAGGAGCUGCUUGGCUCCAUCCACCCCUCUGACACACUCCUCCCCAUCCCUGGGGGACCCACAGCUCCGGGCCUCAGCACAGGUGGAUCCUACCUUGGCUGGGCUGGAGAGCAGCACCAAUGACAUCUCCCACUACAUUGGUAUGCUGGACCCGUGGUACGAGCGCAACGUUCUUGGGCUGAUGAACCUGCCCAUGGACGUCCUGUGUCAGUCAGCCAAGCCUGAGGCUGAGCCCCAGGAGGACUGCCAGGAGCAGCUGCCCAUCCUGGCAGACAUGAUCCUCUACUACUGCCGCUUCGCCACGCGCCCCGUCCUGCUGCAGCUCUACCAGACAGAGCUCACCUUCAUUGGGGGAGGAAAGAUGACUGAAGUCUUCAUCCAUUCCCUGGAGCUGGGCCACUCUGCAGCCACUCGAGCCAUCAAGGCAUCAGGUCCAGGCAGCAAGAGGCUGGGCAUAGAUGGGGACAGAGAAGCAAUCCCACUCACACUACAGAUUGCUUACAGCAAGACAGCUGUCAGUGGAAGAAGUCACUGGAAUGAUGUUGAGAAGGUCUGCACCUCUGUCAACCUGAGCAAAGCCUGCAAGAAGUAUGAAGAGCUGGCCUCCAAGACAGAGUGUCUCAACCUAACCAUGACAGAGGUGGUCAAGAGGCAAAACUCCAAGUCCAAAAAAAGUUUCAAUCAGAUCAGUGUGUCCCAGAUAAAAGUAGACAAGGUCCAGAUUAUUGGUGUCCAGUCCUCCUUCGCCGUGUGCCUGGACCAGGACGAGCAGAAGAUUCUGCAGAGUGUCACCAGGUGUGAGGUCUCUGUGUGCUGGAGACCCCAGGACAGUGAGCUCUUGGAACUGAGAAGGUCCUCUUUGCCUCCCCAGGACCCUUCUGAGUUUGAUUCUCUCCAGUGUUUGCCCAUUGCUACCUUCAGUGGAGCACUGCCAUAG